AUGGCGUCUCCUCCUCCUUUUCGUACAGCCCGUAUCCUCCUCCAUUCCGCCGCUGCAGCGAUAAUGAUUUCCGGGUAUCACAACCUAACCAAGCUCCCCAUAAACGCUUUUAUUAGUACCCAAUACGGUGGGCAUUUGCAGUAUCUGACUAUUCAGGGGCUGUUCAUAACAUGUGCUACGACCUUGAUUAGUUUGUUGAUGGAUUUGUUUCCUUCGGUUAAUGCCCUCAAACCCCUUAAACGUAUCCUCCUCAUAAUCGCUAUGCCUCUCUCCAUAACAAUCUCCUCAAUAUAUUGGCCCCUCCUCCUCCUCGCCACCCAACUAAUCCUCCAAAACGGCAGCGGCGAACCCUCGUCUUCACCACACGCUCCCCAACCCCUCCUGCGUAUUCCCCUUCCCAUGGACUUAUCCCUCCAUGCCGUCCCAGCUCUAACCCUCCUCGCUGAUUUCCUUUUAUUUGAAAAGAAAUACACUCGAAAGGAGAUUCGGUAUGGGGGGACAGGUAUUUCGGUGGUGUAUACAGUUUUCUAUGCGUGGUGGGUUGAGAGGUGUGCGGGGUUCAAUGGGGGAAGAUUUCCCUACCCAUUCCUUACGGACAACCCAUUCGAAAUACGGCUGGCAAUAUAUGUGGGCGCGGGGAUGUUGGCGUUUUCGUCAUUUUGGCUCAUUAAUCGGGUGCAUGCAUAG